UUUUCCUUGAUAGAAGGGGUUUACAGGCUGAGCGAGAGGCGUGCACGAGUGCGCGUCACCGUGAACGCGCACGUGUUAAAAUCGGCGCGCCGCGCUCGAGGAUUCAGUUUGCUCUGGCAGAGGGACAUCAGGGAGUGGGAGAGGAGAGAGGCGGCAGUAAGGAGGAGACUUCAGUCGGAGAAGGAAGUCGUCCAGAGGAGCUCCGGUUCUGAGGUCCGCUGCACCUGCUCAGACAGAACCACCGUUCCUCCAAUGUCCGGCGGCAUCUGACUCUGAUGGAUUCUUCUCCAGCUUAAUGAUGGAUCACGCUCUCCUGACUCGGUCCAUCUGGUCCAGUGACGCUAAAUUCCUGCAGCAUCCAACGGAUCUGAACACCAGCGUGGUGGUGACGCGCUGCGUCCCCGCAGGAACGUGCUUUGGUCCGUGCGUGCUCCAGAACACUUUCUACGACACCAUCGCCUUCAUAGCCCAGAAAUGCAGCGACAAGACAGCGAAGUCUUACAUGUUCAGGGUCGACCCAGAGGCGAUGCGCAAUUCGACCCUGGUGCUCUCCUGGCUGCGGCUGGUGCAGGCAGCGCGCAACACAGAGGAGCAGAACACGGAGGCCUUUCUGAAAGCGGGUCAGGUGUAUGUGCGCGCAACCCGGGACAUCCAGCCAGAGGAAGAGCUGCUGGUGUGGUAUGACCAGGAACUCUCUCACCUGCUGGGCUUCACAGACAUGAUCAAAGGACUAAAUGGAGAACUUAAGUGCGGGAGAUGCAACCAGAUGUUUAAAAACCAGAAUCCCUUCGUGGCCCACUGCAGAUUUCUGUGCGCCCAGUUGAAGAGUAACACCUGGAGCCGUGAGGUCUAUGAGCAAAACCACGUGGAAACCAAGAAGCAUCACCGAGUGACAGAUUUCCACAACCUCGCCAGAGAUCUUGAGCAAAAAAUAUGCGGCGAGGAGGCGGAGGUUCCCCCCAGAAAGAGAAAAGGCGAAGAGGCUCCAGUCCCCAGAUGGCGGAAAACGGUUCUGUUAGAGAAAACGAACAUUUCAAACGAUGAAAAUGUCACACAAGUGGGUAAGAGUUGGGAGCAGGCGGCGGGCGCCUCCUCCUCUCCUGAGAAACUCAAGGCUGACAGGGUCAAAGCGGUUCGUGCGCAGCGGGGAAGCGCUGAUUCAGCUGAAGUUGGAGAAGUAAGCGAGUCUUUAACGCGCAACAAAGUGCUUGACACACGUUUGGAGACAGCGGAAGGAUCUGGCGCGCUUUCAAGCGGCAACAGCGCGUUUUCUCUGGUUCUGUCGAGCAGCCAAGGCGAGCAGAAAAGCGCCUUUUGCAAACCGAGUAAAAGGACGUCUCCCGUGGAUCAGCAGGUCCAUCUGAGCUGCGCUCCGACAGCCCCCUCUAGCCGCCUGGAUGAGAUCACCGACGCGUUCACCAACAGGACUAUUCUCGGUUACAACAAUCUGAUGGCAUCCAGCAUCCUGGGUGGCGACAUGCAGACUCUGGCCUCCCCGAUUCCAUUAGGCAACGCUUUCCAUUACGCACCGGAGCACUGGUCCAGAAACCUUGGCGCUCAGCUCCGGACCACAUCCGCCCUGACGGUCCUCCCGCCAACUUUCACCUCCUCAUUCGGCGUGUCGGUGCAGAACUGGUGCGCCAAAUGCAACCUGUCCUUCCGCAUGACCUCGGAUCUGGUGUUCCACAUGCGCUCUCACCACAAAAAGGAGUUCACGGCGGAGUCUCAGGUGAGGCGGAGGAGGGAGGAGAAACUCACCUGUCCGAUUUGCCACGAAUACUUCCGCGAGAGACACCACCUGUCGAGACACAUGACUUCUCACAACUAGAAUUUUUUUUUUAAUUUAAAUUGGAAGACUUUGGUCUGCAUAAUGAAUGUAGGUAAUUACACGCUUGUCCGUCACAGUUUGUCCACCAGAUGGCAGCAGAGGGGCGCGUCUGUAUUUUGUGUCCUGCAUGUUAAACAGAGUUUAACAGGUUAUUUUGUGCCUUAGUGGAGUCAGGAGGCUGGAAAGACUGUAAGAGAAACUGAUGAUUGUUGAAAAUGUCUCACUGCAGUUUUUUUAUUAUGUUUAUCAAUUUGUCGUUUUUUUGGGGAUUUUUACAUCAGGGGCGGAAUGAGUCUGCUUUCCCAUUCAUGUAAAAAUCCAACGUUACCUUGUCACAAAAGAGUGUCAAUAAUUCUAUAGUUCACUAAGCACCGAUUGAGACAAACCUUUAUGUAAUUAUUUAUGUCUGCAUUGCUUAAAGCAGUGCUUCUGAAACAUUUUGUAACAAUGACCACCUCGGUGAAGGCCCACAUCCAAACAUAUGGUCUUUCACUCAAGGCGGUAUGGACAAAGUUCUCUCUGGUCAGGAGAUUUCAUACCUUGCAAGAACUCAAGCGCAGAAGAACUCCAGAGAAGUCCUCGCAGCCAUCAUCAGUGGAGUAACCGUUCCAACUUCAAAUUUCUGACCAGUCACACAAUAGUUGUUAGACUGGACAUAAGAAAAAAAAAAAGGUUUUGAUUAGAUGGUGUGUCAAAAACAAGCUGCAUGAACGCCUGAACCAGGGUGUCAAGAACAGAAAGAUGUCACUUUGGUCUUGCGGCCCUGUUCCUCUGGGGUUUGUGCAUGCCUUGGAUACUUUUUCAAAUAACGCCAGACACAAAAGUGCAAAUAAUAAUCUUCUUUGCCUGAUGGCUGUGCUAACAGAGUCACUGCCAAUUCAACAAGUUUAAUCUUUUCUUUGUGUCUGUGCUCGGUUUGUUCAUCAGCACACCUCAGCACAUAUCCAGUUAUCUAUGAUUGCUUUUAGGCUCAGCUGAUAAACUGGAACCCCCUUUCUCAGUUUACACUUCCACUGUAUUGAAAAGCUGUUUGUGUUGGUGAUGUCCUUAACAGGAAGAGGGGCCCCAAAUCAAAUUCUGCUAAACGUGCCAUAAAACCUUGGGCCAGCCCUGCACAACAACCAGUUGUUCUUGGACCUCAGUUUCAGAACCAUGGGAGUGAAACCACAACUCUAAUAUACAAUGAAUGAAUGUUUUUGUGUACUCUGGCCGCUAUUAUUAUCUUCAUUUGGGUUUGUAAAAAUAUUGUUUAAAAAAAAAAGAACAAUUUUACCUGCACACUAAAUUUGGUUAUUGAGGCAAACUAGUGCAUAGGCUACUAAAUAAGAUCAAUUCUGAAUUAAGCAUUUUAAAAUUUGUUCUAAAAAAAGAGUAUAUCUUAAUAUAAGUUAUUAGAUGGAUACAUGUCAUUCUGUGCGUCAACUGAGGUUUUCAGCGUUUUACCCUUUUGUCAUUUUUUUUUGUUAGAAAUUAAUUUAUUACAGAAACCUCGACCUUUUCCAUAUAUUCCACCCUUUUCUCUGGUAUUCUUACGUUCAGUCUGAACUGUUUCAGAAGAAUCUGUUGACAUGUUUUAUGUGAUAAAAUAUUUUUUAAGAAAAAA